UCCCAGCGCCCUGCCCACGGGAGGCCCAGCGGCGGUGGGGCAAGAUGGAACAACGGCAGGUGAACGCGGCGGCCGUAGAGGAGUACGCGGUGUACCGGCGGAUUGUUGGUGAUGAUGAUGGAGGAAAGCUCUUUACACCUGAGGAGUACGAAGAGUACAAAAGAAAAGUAUUGCCAGUUCGGUUACAGAACAGGUUGUAUGUGAGCUGGAGAUCACCAACUGGCAUGGACUGCAAGCUGGUGGGACCAGAGACACUGUGCUUUUGUACUCACCGGUAUAAACAACACAAAACGGACUAUGAAGUGCUUCCCAAAGACCGUCCUAUUCGUGUGCCUUGCAGAGUUAGCUGUUGUCCAUGCCAGUCCUAUCACUAUGUCCCUCUAAAUGGCACACAGCCCAUCCGCUGCCGAUGCAAACACUUUGCUGAUCAGCACAGUGCAGCACCUGGAUUUUCAUGUAACUCUUGUUCCAAGUGCUCAGGCUUUCAUAGCUGCUUUACCUGUGCGUGUGGUCAGCCAGCAUACACCCAUGAAACAGUUGUGGAAACUAAACAAGAGCGCUUAGCCCAAGGAAAGCCUGUGGGGCAGGAUGUUCCUUAUGCUGCUAUGGGAGGACUGACGGGUUUUAGUUCACUAGCAGAAGGCUACAUGAGACUUGAUGACAGCGGAAUAGGGGCUCCUUCAGCUGAACUCCUAGAAUCGCCUGUUACUGGCACGGAUCAUCCAUUUUUACGAGCAUUCGCGGGACCUUCUAGUUCUGCCCCAACCAUCUCUCAGAUAACAGGUGGUUCUAGUGCCACAAGGCAUAUUUCUCAUGGAAAGCAUGCAGAAGAUGAUGACAUGGCUUACUUUGAAAAAGGUCAUCCAGAACAACUGAAAAAGGAGAAGGCGGCUAAAUUGAAAGAAAAAAGUCCAGUGGCAUCAAAGAAGCCAUGAGAUUAAUAAAGAGAUAUUAUUUGGCACAGGAUUAAUUGUUGUAUUGAAGAGUGUUUUCUUUUCAGUGCAUACAUGUGCACUUUCCUUUAUUUUUUUCUGUUGUUUUGGUCUGUUGCUGAAAUGAAUUUUUGAUUAUCUUGUAAUAAGAUUGGUACUGAAUGCAUUUCUAAUCUCCAGAAUUAUUACAUAUGUAUUCCUUUGAGAAUGGAAAAUCAUAUUUAGAGAUUUACAGAACUGUUAUUUAAGCUCUGAAAGAACAACCAUGUAUUCAAAUAUUACAUUGUAGUAGGGCAAAGAAAGUAUGUGUCUUACUCUUAGUCUUUUAUGAUGCACUUUAUUUUUAGAGUCCCUGGAACUCAUCUCUGUAUGGAUUUUUACUUGGUGGGAUUUGUCCCAUUAUACUGAUGUUUUAAUCUAUAUUUUUUUUUCUCCUGUUGGUUUCAUUGCCUUUACAUGAAAUUCAAACAUACCCUUCUCUCAUGCUUCUCUAGGCUCUGCUAUUGCCAAUGUAAAAUAUUUUUCACAUGUGAAAUUCUAUAUGCUUGUAAACCCAUUUCCACUUGUACUUACUAGCUUCUUGAAGGGAUCCUGCUUGUAAAUUUUAUCCCAGAUUUCCCUAGUGAUGCCGUUCUCCCAGUUCUAUUAGUGUGAUACUGUCCAUGGCAGCAAUUCCACUACAGUAAACUCCUGAAAACAU